AUGACGCGCUUGGAGAAUGGCACCAUGAUGGGGGACUUCCUUCUCGUGGGAUUCAGUGACCACCCCGAGCUUCAGCAUCUGCUUUUAGUGGUGUUCUCCUCCAUUUACUCUGUCACCCUGAUGGGGAAUCUUGGCAUGAUUUUGCUAAUCACAGUCAGCCCACACUUGCACACCCCAAUGUACUUUUUCCUCUGCAUGCUGUCCUUCGUGGAUACAUGCUACUCCUCUGUCAUUGCCCCCAAAUUACUGGCAAACUUCAUUUCUGAUGAGAAGACCAUUUCUUACCACGGCUGUGCUGCGCAGUUUUAUUUUUUCUGCUCUUUGGUUGACACAGAAUCUUUCCUCUUGGCUGCCAUGGCUUAUGACCGGUACAUAGCGAUCUGCAACCCCCUGCUUUAUACCGUCAUUAUGUCCAAGAGGGUCUGCUGCCAGCUCGCACUUGGAGCAUUUCUGGGGGGCACUCUGAGCUCGAUUAUUCACACCACUAACACUUUCCUUCUGGAUUUCUGCUCCAAAGAAAUAAACCACUUCUUUUGUGAUACCUCUGCACUCUUGUCUCUGUCCUGCACUGACACAUACGUGCAGGACAUCAUUCUGAUGGUGUUUGCCAGUUUGGAGGAAGCGAUCUGUCUCCUAACAGUCCUCCUCUCUUAUGCCUGUGUCAUGGCAGCCAUCCUUAGAACAGGGUCAGCAGAAGGAAGGAGGAAAGGCUUCUCCACCUGUGCUUCGCACCUGAUAGUGGUCUCUAUUUACCACGGCACUCUCAUCUUCAUUUACUUGCGCCCAAGUGCAGGCCACUCAAUGGACACUGACAAAGUGACCUCCGUGUUCUACACAUUGAUUAUCCCCAUGCUGAACCCCCUUAUCUACAGCCUAAGAAACAAGGAUGUUAAGAAAGCCUUUAGAAAAAUAAUUACCAAAAAAAGCCUAUCAUAA